AUGUGUAAUACGAAGGAGAAUGGGUACUUCAAGUGCCAGCGGCAGCAGAAGGUGAUCGUUUCCGGGUUUGAAGAGGAGGGGGGCGUGUGGAUCGACGUUUAUAUUCGUACAUGGGAGGUUUGCGAUGGGAAAAACGACUGCCCUUUAGGGGAUGGUGAAGGGGGCACCACUCCAGAUGCUGCUGCUGCUGCUGCUGCUGCUGCUGCUGUUGAAGCUAGGUGCGAUGGCAAGAACGACUGCCCAGUGACCAGCGCUGCCAAUGGUUCAGCCAUGGGGAUGCAUGGUGUAACUGAAGGUUCAGAUCCUGCAGCAGAAGGCGUCAUGGGUGGUGGUGGUUCACCCAGCAGCACCACUAGCUCACCCACAACUACCGCUUUGCCUGCCUUGCCACCGUACACAGCCGACGAGGACCCUUUCCUCUGCCGCUCAUUUGUCUGUGAGCCAUCAUUUUGGACAGUCUUCAAACAGUGCCCUUCUACUGGCAGGUGCCUGCCAUUGGAAAAGUGGUGCGAUGGAGUCAACGACUGUAUUGAUUAUGCCAACUUCAGUGGUAGAAGCACCAGUGCUGCUAACGGAGCUGCUUAUGCUGAUGACGAGGAUCCCGAGGAACAGAAAGAAGCUGCAGCUGCAGUUGCCGCUGACCCAAAGAAAGCUGACAAUUCAACUGCAGAGGUUGCCAACACCGUUGGUGGGAGUGGAAACUCCACCUCAGGGGAUGGUGCUUCUGCUGGGACAUCAAACACCACCUCAGAGAACGGUGCUGCUGUUACGCCAUCGAACACCACGUUAGUCUCACGCCCUGGCUCAUCUCGUAGGAGCAGGAAUGGGUCGGAGACGAGAGGAGAUGCUGGUGGAGCUGUUGCCGGUAACAAGUCAGACCAGGGAGGGGGAAAGGAUGGGAGAAAGACAGAAAGAUGGGAGGGGAGAAUGGUGGGGAGAAGACAGGGGGGGCUGCCAGUGGAGAGAAGCAAGGGGGGGAAGCGAUUGGGUUGA